AUGAAAAACGAUUCUUCAUCUGAGCGAAAAUCUGAUCGAAUGAAAGCAAAUCCAAGAGACAUCAUUAAGGAUCUAGAAGAAAUUUGUGGAGUUUUAGAACUAGAAUACUUAAAAGGAAAUCACAUGCAAUUUAAAAGCAAAAUAAAAAAAUACAAAAAAAGAACUUCUCAUAAAGUGCUUGAUGCAGUUUUAGGAUUAUCUUCAUUCAUUAGAGAAGUGGAAGGCUUAAAAGAAGAAUCUGGAACACCUGGCCCUUGCAGAGCAGCAAUACACAUAACAAUAGCUAAAUUUAUAUUAAAGGAUGCAGCUCGGCAUAAUUAA